UUCCGUCUGCAACCACCACGUGGGAAAUUAAAUUGUCAACAAGUUUCAGCUGUCAAUUCAUACUUUACUUGCUUUCCUAUUUCACAUUCUUUUCCUCUGGAAUGGCAACCAAUAGUAAUGACACAAGCUCUGUCCCACAGAAAGCUGCAGAUGCCGUUUUUGUCCCUACUCAGGAACAUGGAUUUAAUAAUAAAGUGCAAGGAUAUGACUGGAGUCAAGGUUUAGACUAUGGAAAAUUAAUUGGAUCUUACAUAACAACUGGGUUCCAAGCAACAACUUUUGGACUUGCAGUUAAUGAAGUCAAUAAGAUGCUUGCCAAAAGAACAGAGCCUAUACCAGAGAACCUUGGUCUAGAUGAAUUUGAGGAAGAUUUAUUCAUCAAAAGGAAAUCUAACUGUACCAUAUUUUUAGGUUACACUUCUAAUAUGUGUUCAUCUGGAAUUCGCGAUACCAUUAAAUUCUUGGUACAGAAUAAGUUGGUCGACUGCAUAGUUACAACAGCGGGAGGAGUAGAAGAGGAUUUUAUCAAAUGUCUUGCUCCAACUUUCGUUGGAAAUUUUGAACUCAAGGGUUCCACUCUGAGAGAAAGUGGCAUUAACAGAAUCGGCAAUUUAGUUAUCCCUAACGACAACUACUGCAAGUUUGAAGAUUGGGUCAUGCCUUUGCUCGACGAAAUGGUAACGGAACAAAAGGAGAAAGGAACAAAAUGGACACCUUCAAGAAUCAUUGAAAAGCUUGGUCGAGCGAUCAACAACCCAGAAUCGGUGUAUUACUGGGCUGCUGUCAAUAAUAUCCCCGUAUUCAGUCCCGCAUUGACAGAUGGAAGUUUAGGGGACAUGAUGUACUUUCACUCUUACAAGAAUCCGGGACUUGUGGUGGACAUUCUUGAAGACCUCAAAAGGCUCAACACGAUGGCAGUCAAAGCCUCCAAUUCCGGCAUGGUUAUUUUAGGAGGAGGCCUUAUUAAACAUCACAUUUGCAACGCUAACCUUAUGAGGAACGGAGCAGAUUUCGCUGUUUUUAUCAACACAGCUUGCGAUUUUGACGGAAGUGACAGUGGAGCUAAGCCGGACGAAGCUGUAUCAUGGGGUAAAAUUAAGAAAGAUGCCACCCCAGUCAAGGUUUGUGCUGACGCCAGUCUAGUGUUCCCUAUCCUGGUGGCUGAAACAUUCGCAAAACAUCAUUUCGCAUCAAUUUCAAAAUAAUUCAUCAGAAAUACAUAACCUGAUUAUAUUC